CCAAGUGUCUUCUAGCACGACCACGACCACGCAUGAUCAGUAUUUUUACUCUACUAGUUAGCUCGACAUUUUUGAGGGAAGACCUGUUCGUUGGUAGAGUUCAUCUACUCAGCUUGUAGUUUUACCUUGACUACAUCCUACUUGCUACUUAGAGGACAUUUCUCGGAUUUUUUCUAUUCAGAAGAUGUUGAACGAUACUGACGAUCAUUUUGAAGAUGUCUCGUGUUUAGACGAAGAGCUGAGUCGCGCCGUCGAUGAGCUCGAAACCUUUUUUGACGCAUUCGCUGCGUCGUCCGGGAGUUAUGUUCUUUAUUUUUGAGUAGAUUCUUUCAUCUAAGUAGACAAAACUUCUAGUUCCGUGAGGUAUCAUCUUGUAGACAGUCCCCAGUGAGUCUGAGUAGUAGACUACCAUCACGAAGAACAGAAUCAGGACUGUAUCGUGGCUCAAUCGUCUAGUGUCUUCUGCUUUUCUCUCGUAAUAUGUAGUCGAGAAAUAACACAACUUUUUUCCGGCCCACGCGGUGUGGGCAACGUCGUUCCCUCAUAUCGUCUACGGAUGUAGACGAGGCGCGGCAGUCGCAGAUGCAGGGAGGGCGGUGCCCUCUGGAGGCGCCCUGCUUGAUUGAUUGACUGAUUGACUGACUGACUUUCGGAAAUUUUUUCUAAUUGAACAAUACAACAACUUCGAAAAAGGCACGACUGAGCAAAGAACCCCAAAGGAAUGACGCUGACGAUACUCAGCAUACGUCAACAGGAGAAGACUCUUCAUCAGCGGUGGAUGACUCAUCUUGGGUACACAUUCUACCACCUUCCUUAUGGAUAGUCCCAAUUCUAACAAAUCCAGUUCAUCUAACUUGGCGCUAGAAAUUUCAACGCUCCCAACUUAGGAGCGCCAAUUUCACCAGUUCUCGUCCCAAAAUAAUAAAUUGUUCAUUAAGAUUCGUAAGUUUCUAUUUCAAUACUUCCUGACUCGUAGCGCUUCUCCUUCUUUUAGGUCUUCUACUUCUUCUCGUUCUAUUUCUAAUCUAAGUUUUGAAGAUUACAUAAGCAGAAACAGACUGUGGUCUCCUUAUUUUUAAUUUCAAUAGCGCUUCCGCUUCUACUUCUUAGACCUCUACGUGCUACCUCUAAGUUCUUUCUUUUCUUAGUAACGUCUACCUCUAAUUUUUAGAAGUGCUUCUAAUCUCCAUCUUAAAAAUUGCAGAAGCCGAACGUGACCUUUGUGGAUCUGUGAUUACCUGUCUCUUGAAAGACAACGUCAUCCUAGACGCAAACGUCAAAGGCUAUGAUGAAGUUGUCCGACGUCUCGUUUUAUGAGAAGGAUUUUGUUUGAGAUAUAGUCGAAGUAAAACCUGUAGAAUUAGAUUGCCAUCCUUAUUUGACAUACAGAUGCGAAAUGCUAUGAACAAGGUACCAUUGCAUGACAUGAUAAGAACCGAACAAUUCAGUUCCUGGCUUCUUGUAGUUGCCUUAAUUUUUUCUAGCAAUAGGAUGGUAGAUCAUGUUGCCAACACUCUAAUCCUGCGUGAGAUUAGUAGAAUACUAGAUGCUGUCACGGUUCUAAUCUUGCGUGAGAUUCAGAGGCUGCGAGGUGAGUGUGCUCGUUUGGAGGCCAGAGGGGAACAAUUGCAAAGUCUCUGCCUCUACUUCUCUCAACAACAUAACGAAGAAAGCGGUCCAGCGGGACAGGCGACCAUUCGUGAGCUUGAGGCAAAUUAUGUUUGCGUUCUUGAUGCUUGGCAAGUUGUUGGGAUAAUGAUAAUCUUGGAAGUUCUAAUAAUCUGCCUGCCUACCCACCUAUCCAGCUACCUAUCCGCUUAUCUUCUAUCCAUCAGUGUUGCUAAUGAUUAUCAAUGGAGAUACGGUAAAAAGAAAUUAUGCUGCUGCUUCAACCAACUUCUACUCGCCCCCAAUCAAAAAAUUUAGUGCAGCAGUUAGUUUACUUAACGACCUACAAUCUAGCACCUCUAUCAUUAUGCUGCUGCUGUCAGAGUGGGCUUAGCCCGUAUUCUUCUACUCUUGUGCUGUCACAACACCUUAUUUAGAGGGGAACGACUAAAGCUAAACAGGAACUCUAGCCUCAGAGGUGACCUACGUCAUCAUCGUCACUACACCUAUCAAGGACUUUACUGCGAUUCUUAGAGGUGACCUCUUCCGUCAUCAUCGUCACUACACAUCUAAACAAUGAUCACAAAAGCAGAAGUGGAAAAAGCGAAAAUGCUUGAUGUCAUACAGGAAGCAGCUAAACAACUAGACGAAGAGGAGAAAACUAGAGGUGCUACUCUUGCAGCGUUAGAGUUAUGUUCUUGUAGUUGUAGAUCCAGGUCAGUUAACAGGAGAAACAGUUUAUAAAUUUAUAUAUUUAUACAUUUACACAUGAGCGAGCGUCUCGUCUUUCUUCCUUUUCCUACCCCUCUGUUCUGUACUCGCAGAAAAGUCAUGGACUUCUUUGGAGCACUUCUUAGUCUACAUUUACAUAGGAGAUGUACUAUGUGAAAUGAUACCACGCGGUAAAUACGCAGUUAGGUUUUGACUUAUCGGAACUCGUUUGCACUGCAAAAAAAAAGAUCAACUCCUCCUAGAAUUGAAUUGAAUAGAGGACGAAGAAGGGGAAGAUCGUUGUACGUGCCUAGCGCUAGCCUGAGACCUCUACGAGAGGAGAAGCGUAAGUAACUCUAAAACGGAUUCUUCUAUUUUUCUAACUCUAGAUGAAGAGUUAACCAUUUAGUCUAACUCUAGAAGAGAACCAGCUAUUGCGAAAAUACGUGUAUCAAGAUGUUUCUCGCCUUGGCCCCGUAAGCGGGAUACGCGAACGGCAUGUCGAUAUGGAAUCUUGUGUUAUGGAAAUAAGUCAAAUCAUGUCUAUGCAUAGGGGUGAUGUUCUUGUUCUGUGUCUAUCUCUAUGUAGUUAAUACUAUUAGGAAAAACGACGUUCUUUUUCUGUCUAAGGUUUACAAGGCUCUCUUUCGUUGUUCUCAACAUUCAUAGUUGAUAGAAGUCAGUAUCGCUAACGCUAUCGCGACGAAGUAGGUCAGGAUGACCUCCUGAAGAUCAAGAUUAUUAGUGGACACAGGAUUAUGAUGACGACUUUCUUUUUUUGUUACUACUCCUACUCCCUCUGAAUCUAUCUGAAUCUAUCGACACGAGAAGACUGCUAAUAUAUGCAGCACGCCGAUAACGAAGGAGAUCUGUGUGCAACUAGAAGAUGAGGUGGCUCAUGCUGUUGCCGAUGAAGACGCUACUUCAACAAGUUUAACUUCAAGGUCUCCCUCCAGAACUUUUGCUGCAUCUAGUACUAGUUCUUCAGCUGUUGACAUGACAUCUUCAUCUCCGUCUACAUCUGGAUCUGCCGUCAGUGCCACUUCAUGCACCAGCAAAGGUCCUUCAACAUCUGCUCCAAUUGUUGUCGUGCUUAUGGACAGAUACUGCAAAAGUUGCAUCCCCCCCGUCCAGGCACUGCAGCUUCCCUGUACAGGUAGAGCUUCCUACUUGCCUAUUUUCCUCCUCAUUGAUGAAAAAGAGGCAACGUCGUUGUUCAUGUAUAUUUGAAAAAUGGGUAUGGCCAAGGUGGAUGCCUGUUCCCUAUCCACACUCUAAUGUGCUGCCCGCUUCUACUGAACAAGAUGAAGAUGGAGACCCCUACUGCUCAGGUGAAACUCCUGGAGUCCAUGAACAACAACUUGGUGACAACCACAGGACUUCUGAAGACCAGCAAGAUAUUUUAGAACACCCAAUGCCAGAGGAGGUAGAUGAUGUUGAUGUUGUAGAGCUGCAAGAUGUUACUUCUAUUAGGCAUACAUCGACUUCGACAUCAUCUGAAGAAGAUUUACAAGAUACAGGCUCUGUCGCAACCUCGGUAUCUCCGUCACCGAAGAGUGUGUCAAGACUAAAAGGGAAUACUGGAGGUUAUAGCAGUCCUACCUCACCGAAUGCGAGCUCAGGAGCCCCUUUUUAUGAGUCUAUUUCUCUUCGAGGUAUAAGUAGUUAGUUAAUAGCUGAUGCUGAUGGGUUUCGAAGCAAUUCGCCUUCACUCUGAUGGAGCAAUGGUACAUAUUUAUAUGUUCCAGGGCGCGGGGCGGGCGCCCUGGCUCCCUUUUUGAGGCGUCUGCCGGGGGGGAAGGCCUCAAGAGGGGGCCCAGUGGCCUCCCCCCUCCGCUCCCUUCCAGCUGCCUGGCUGUUCCCUAGGGGCCUCCGAUGGUGGUGGGAGGCUUGAAAAGGGGCCCAAGGGACCGCCUGCGCGCCCGUCCAGGUGCCUGCUUGUGCCCUAAGUGCAUCCGUUAGGCUUCGCCGCCGCAGCCGUGCCGCCUGUGCCUUCCGGGCCCUUGGUCAUCGGCUUGCUUGCUCUUGCGAUCGUGGCCGCCUUCGGCGGCCUUUUACCCUGGGUGGAGACCUCCCGCCUACGAGGGUCAGCAGAGGCCAGGAGGUCCCUGGGGAACACGCUGAGAGGCCCAAGGGGAGGCCCGCGCCAAGUUUUGACGCCUUCCACCACUAGAAUCCGCGAAAAAUCCGCGUGGAAAAGCGCGCGCGCGCCACCACAGACCAGACCACCGGGGGGGAGGGGGCCGCCCGGCCUUUGGUCGUAUAUGAUCCAGGGCACGGGGCGACGGUGCCCCCCCUAGUAGCGUAGGGGGGCGGUACCGUGCAGCCCCGGGCCCCUUUUUAAGGCGUCUGCUGGGGGUGGAAGGCCUCAAAAGGGGGCCAGGUGACCUCCCUCCUCCGCUCCCCUCCAGCUGCUUGGCUGUUGCCUACAGGCCUCUGAUGUAGGUGGGAGGCUUCAAAAGGGGCCAAAGGGACCGCCUGCGCCCCCGUCCAGGUGCUUGCCUGUGCCUUAAGUGCGUCCGAUAUGCUUCGCCGCCGCAGUAGAGCGCCGGCCGUGGAAGGCCUCCGAAGGCGGCAAAAGCUGAGGGGUUGGACCCCUGAGCCGUGCAGCUUGUGCCCUCCGGGACAUUGGUCAUCGGCUUGCGUGCUCUUGCGACCGUGGCCGCCUUCGGCGGCCUUUUACCCUGGGGGCCUCCCGCCUGCGAGGGUCAGCAGAGGCCAGGAGGCCCCUGCGGAACACGCUGAGAGGCGCAAGGGGAGGCCUGCGCCAAGUUUUGACCGCCUUCCACCACUAGAAUCCGCGAAAAUCAGCGCGGAAAAGCGCGCGCGCGCGCCACCACAGACCAGACCACAGGGGGGGGCACCGUGCGGCCUUGAAUCAUAUCGAAGCGCUUCCUUGUUCGUUGCUAUCUAUUUUCGAUGAGAGAGGGCGGCCGAAGUAAGUGCUCGCAGCACGCUGUGCAUAAUUUUUUGAAGAGCAUUGUGCAGCAUUAUUUUCAUGUAGAUGUCGACUGGAGGGGUUACGACUUCACUUGUUUUGUUAAAAAAAUCUUGGCUAUUCAAUUGAGGUCUCGCGGCCGAUCGGCUUUAGCGCUUUCCGCGCUAAUUUUCUUGGUCGCAUGUUAUGCCACCAAUUUGAAGCCCUCGGGGCUUGAGGUGCUACAUGUUUUGGAACUUGUUUCUCACCACGUUCGUGCCAACUAGGCAGGAUCAGAGCAUCGGGUGUCCGUUCUAAUUUAAGCAUAGGAGUCGCGCAUGGCGUUUCUUACGUGAUUGUCAUGGCGACUAUCAUGCUGCGUUUUUAUCUUCUUUUUUAUGUUUGUCUUCUAUUUACUUCUGUCUGCAGAAAAACUACGUACUUUGCAUUAGCCUUUUCAUUUUUCUGCAUUGCCAUGUCAACGCCUAUUCCUUGCGUCAGCGGACGGAGAACGCUUUUUCGAUUCAGCAGACGCUGCAGCGUCGUCUUGUUCUCAACGGCCUAUAUCUUCAACGUCUAGUUGUAGUAGCAUCGGCACAAGAAAAUCAAAAGGCACCUCGUCCAGUUGUACAACAAGAACUACAUCAGAUGAAAAAGAUGAACAUGGAGGACAUGCAUCAUCUUCAAGAGAAGCUACAUCAUCUACUUCAGCAGCGACAACUAAAAUUAAGGGUAGGGCAAAGGUGCUUUUGUUCCCGCUUUUUAUGCCUUUCCUAAGGGAGAAAGGCAGAAAAAGCGGGGUCCACGAUCACCAAGGCCCUACCUCUAAUACAACGCUAACCACGACUACGUCCUCACAUGAUGUAUCUCCCAGAAGUCGGGAAAAACGAUCUCCCAGAACUAGGGAGAAGCGUACACGACGCGAAGGACAGCUUGUCUCUUUAUCGCCAUCGUCUGAUGAAGACGAAGAGGUGCUGGUAGGCGGAGAUGAUGCACAUGCACCAGAGACGAAUGGAGAUGAUGCUAAGGCUAGUUCCUGAACCAGUGAAACAUGUCCUAGUGGUCCUUAACACCAUGCUCCCGCAGAGAAGCCGAAGCAUGUAGAAAGCAUGGUGUUAAGUAGGAAAUGAUAGAUCCUCCAAGGAUCUAUCAGAUUUAGAGAGCAGGAUUUAUCAGAUAGAUCCUUGGAGAUUCUUCUUUUUCUACUUGAAAACGAAGGAGACAAGGAUGCACUUCUCAGGUAGUGUGCGACGCGAUAGCUCUAACAAUGACCCUCCAGAAACGGAUGAGCCAGCGUCCUCACCAGAAUUGAAGGAAGCAGGUAAUACAAAAGUCAGAACUUUUUCUGAGAUCAUUUUCGACCAUGGUGGCUAGUGGCAUUUCCUAGCUCUAGAGGCAGAGUGUACUAAAAAGUUCAAUGGUACUAGACGAGCAUGAAGAUUGAGUGUAUCAUACUUAUAGUAGAGUAGUCCGCUUUUCGAGUUACGGGCUGCUCGAGUUCUCUCGAGUUGCCACGAGUUGCCGAAGCUCACGCGCCCAGUCCGAAGCGAGUUGCUAGCGAGUUCCUCUCGGCAGCUUGCUACCUUGAAAGCGCAGCACUCCGCGGCGGUAUGGCGGGCCAAGAUGCCACGGAGUUCAGGAGGAAGCUCGUGGCCAGUUGUUUCGUGGCAGAUCUGCCGUCUGUAUUGAAGAGACACGCCCCGGCCGAGCUCUUCGGGGCUUGGGCUUGGCGAAAGUAAGAGGGCGAAGCUCGGGGCCUUUGGUUUUUGUUUGAGUGGCGCGCGCGCAAGCCUUGCGAAGUGCAGCUAUAUCCCCGCUGUGUCGGUGUCUCUGCAUAGUAAGCCGCGCGCUGGUGUCGGUCGCGGUCUGGCUCUGUUUUUUUGCUGGUGAGUGGCCAGCUUGUUCGACUUCUUGGGGCCCCUGUUUGCGCUGUAGUGGGCUUACUGAGUAGCGUGCCGCCUAGUGGGUAGCAUCACAAGCAAGGCCCCCCUGAGUAGUGUACUUAGACGCAUCGGGAUCGGAAUGGGGUAGGUUCGUUUGUGUGUUUGUUUUAUAGGGCAGCAACUAUACCAGGCAGGCUUGCUAACUUAGUAACGCAAAACUACGAAAGCAGGGCCCCUAGGGUAGGCGGCGCAGCUCCUGUCUGCCCCGCGCAUGCAGCGCCUCGCAGAGAAGAGAGGGCGCUACUGGAGGCGUUCGCUUGUGGAGGUGGUUUGCGCUCGUGCGCAACGUGUUUGACGCUUCGAAGAUCGCAGCGAAAACUUUUUUGGUAUGGAACUCGUUCAACCCGAGCAACUCGACCCGAUAUCGGGCGGAAAGUGUCUAGCUCUAUCAUAGUUUUUGGUACAACUACUGUCCGGAUCGGUAAAAGUUUUGAUGGAUUAUUUAAUAGAAGUUUUAGUUUGAUGUUCUUACUUUUCUAGUCGACGAGCAGGAGUAUAAACAUGAAGUCCAAGUCUACUUCAAAACCAACAGCAGACCAGGAAGCUCUGCUGCAGCACCUUUUUGACAGGCACGAUCCCGUAGGAAGCCAAGAUGAAGGAAGUCUGCAAGAGUAGUUCGUUGCACUAGAGCACGUGGAAGUAGUUGUACUUACUGCAGUUUCAUCGGAGUCGGACUCAGGGACUCAGGAGCUUCUGCGCUGCGGUCAUCAAAGAAGAUGGCAUCUCAAUCUUACACGUGACAGCAAGUGGCAUCCACCACAUGACAACAAGAAGAAGAUAGCGAGUUCAUGAUAACAAGAAAAUGGCACAAGGGAUUAGUUAGGACUUCACUGGGGCUAGGCGACGAGAAAGAUAGUCACCUUAAAGGAAGCAGGGCCUCACAGGCUCCGCAACUAGAGUCCACGACCCAACAAGAAAUCCACAGGACAACGUACAGAAUAUGACAAGAAUGCACAGGAUAUUAACCUUAACCAACUAACUAGAAGAAGUUAGUAUAAGACUUUGACUCUGACUCUUCUUG